GAAUCGAUGAUUGUUUGUAUAUAAAAGAGGGUAUACAGUUCAGAACACAACCAAAGGGAGCUCAAUAAUUCACUAGAGAGAGAUGACAAGUCACAGCAAUGGCAACUCAGACUCUUUCGUCAAGAUGCCAACUAUAAAGUUCACGAAGCUAUUCAUCAAUGGAAAAUUUGUUGAUUCCAUUUCAGGGAAAACAUUCGAGACAAUAGACCCAAGGACGGAAGAGGCAAUUACGAGGGUGGCAGAAGGAGAUAACGAGGAUAUUGAUUUGGCAGUGAAGGCCGCGCGUGAAGCUUUUGACAAUGGUCCAUGGCCCCGCUUGUCUGGCUUUGAUAGGGGAAGGAUUAUGAUGAAAUUUGCAGAUUUGAUUGACGAACAUGCAGAAGAAUUAGCGGCUUUAGAUACCAUUGAUGCUGGGAAAUUAUUUGGUGAAUGCAAGACUGGUAUUCCCCAUUCAGCAAACAUGCUACGAUACUAUGCUGGUGCAGCAGAUAAAAUUCAUGGGGAGGUCUUGAAAAUGUCACGAGAAUUUCAUGCCUAUACAUUGCGUGAGCCAAUUGGUGUUGUAGGACACAUCAUUCCCUGGAAUUUCCCAACCUCUAUGUUCUUAGCGAAGGUUAGCCCAGCCUUAGCCGCUGGCUGCACCAUGGUCGUCAAGCCCGCUGAGCAAACACCACUCUCUGCUCUCUAUUAUGUUCAUCUUUCAAAGCUGGCUGGUAUCCCUGAUGGAGUGCUAAAUGUUGUAACGGGUUUUGGACCAACUGCUGGUGCAGCCAUAAGCUCUCAUAUGGACAUUGAUGCGGUCAGUUUUACUGGCUCCACAGAAGUAGGACGUGAAGUAAUGCAAGCUGCAGCAAAAAGCAAUUUGAAAACACUUUCACUUGAAUUAGGAGGCAAGUCACCCCUUAUAAUUUUUGAUGAUGCUGAUUUAAAUAAAGCUGCUGAGCUUGCUCUGUUUGGCAUCCUAUAUAACAAGGGAGAAAUUUGUGUGGCAAGUUCUCGUGUUUUUGUUCAAGAAGGGAUUUAUGAUGAAUUUGUGAAAAAGUUAUUGGAGAAAAAAAAAUCUUGGACAGUUGGGGAUCCUUUUGAUCCUAAAGUUCGUCAAGGACCUCAGAUUGAUAAAAAGCAGUUCGAUAAGAUCCUUUCCUAUAUAGAGCAUGGCAAGAGAGAAGGAGCGACCUUGUUAACUGGUGGUAAACCUUUGGGGCACAACAAGGGGUACUAUAUUGAGCCAACAUUUUUCACUGAUGUUAAGGAGGACAUGCUAAUAGCGAAGGAUGAAAUAUUUGGGCCUGUGAUGUCACUGAUGAAGUUUAAAACAAUUGAUGAGGCGAUCAAGAAGGCCAACAACACUACAUAUGGGCUUGCAGCAGGUGUCAUGACCAAGGACUUGAAUGUGGCUAACACCGUCUCAAGAUCAAUCCGUGCUGGAAUCAUUUGGAUCAACUGCUAUUUUGCUUUCGACUGGGACGUGCCUUAUGGAGGGUAUAAGAUGAGUGGUUUUGGCAGAGAUUUUGGUUUAGAUGCCCUUUACAAGUAUCUCCAAGUUAAAUCUGUUGUGACUCCCAUUUACAAUUCUCCUUGGCUUUGAACAUAAUAAUCUGGAAAAUGGGGAUAACAUCUCCAAACAAAUUAGUCCCCUGCAAUAAAAUUCUGAAUUAUUAUUAUCCUCUCCCCAGUUUGAGAUAAUCAAAAACAUUUUAGUCUUUGUAUAUUUGUCUAAUAUAAGGCCAGCUCUUUGUCAUGGAGUAAAAAGAUUAUGAAAUAUGUCCUCGCAGUCUCACCACGAGAA